AAAAGGAAAGAGUUGCAGCCAAACAUUAGCUCUCUUUUAAAGCCUAAUGGCAACCUUAAAAUGCAUUGUUGUUUUGGUUUUAGCAAUAUCAACUUUGAGUGUAGGGCAGUCCAGGGCAGCAAAGGAUGGUUACGUGAGAAAUCAAUGUUUGUACACAAGGUUUCCAGCUUUGUGUGUCCAAACCCUGACAGGUUUAGGGCCAGGGAAUCGAACAGUUGAUGUCCUGUCUGCACUUGUUAACAGGACAAUCUCCGAGUCCCGCCUGCCUGAUCACAGCCUCAUCAGCUCCCAUUUUGUCUCCCCCGGGGCUCAACCCACCCGGAUGGCUGUCGAUGAAUGCAACGAACUCAUGGAAAUGUCGCUCAAAAGGCUUAACCAGGCGCUAGAUUUGCUUCAAAAAUCUCCCAGCAAGCACAAGGUCGAUGUCCAAACGUUGCUCAGUGCAGCGCUAACAUUCCAACAGACUUGCAAGGACGCAAUCGAGGAGCAUGUGCCCUCAAAUUUGUACAUUGAAGAAAUUUACAAGAAAAUGGACUAUCUUUCUGAACUGGUUAGCAACCCGCUGGCUCUGGUGAACAGAAUCGCUGGAAACCCGACAGGCAAAUCUCCUCCAGGGCGCCGGCUUCUUGCACGACCAGUUUUUCCCGAUUGGGUAUCGGCCAGGGACAGAAAAUUGCUCCAAAGUAGUGAAAUAAAAGCAGAUGUUGUGGUUGCGAAAGAUGGGAGUGGGAACUUCAAAACAGUCUCCGAGGCGAUCGAGGCUGCCAGUGGAGGUCGUCGUUUCGUGAUAUAUGUGAAGUCUGGUACUUAUAAUGAGAAAAUCAACACGAACAAAGAUGGGAUUACCUUAAUUGGUGAUGGAAAAUACUCUACUAUCAUCACUGGAGGUAGUAGUGUAGCCAAGGGCUCUUCUCUACGAGGAUCAGCCACCUUCACAAUCACUGGGGAUGGCUUCAUAGCACGGGAUAUCGGCUUUGAAAACACGGCAGGCCCUGAAGGCCAUCAAGCAGUGGCGCUAACCAUCUCCUCAGACAAUUCCGUGCUAUACCGAUGCAGCAUCGCCGGUUACCAGGACACGCUCUAUGCACUCGCCCUUCGUCAAUUUUAUCGUGAGUGCGACGUUUACGGCACUGUGGACUUCAUAUUCGGCAACGCUGCUGCCGUGUUCCAGAGUUGUAAUCUGGUCCUCCGCCGCCCACGUAGCGGCGGCGCCUUCAAUGCAAUCCUGGCGAACGGGCGCAGCGAUCCAGGACAGAACACGGGCUUCUCAGUUCAAAACUGUAAGAUCACAGUCGGGUCCGACUUUUCCCCCGUCAGAGACAAGUACAACUCCUAUCUGGGUAGGCCCUGGAAACCGUACUCCAGGGCGGUGGUCAUGCAGUCGAAUAUCGACGGGGAGAUCUCGGCCCGGGGCUGGGUGGAGUGGGAGGGCGCCGGCGGGUCCACGUACAAAACACUGUAUUUUGCUGAGUACGAGAAUAUGGGGCCUGGAGCCGAGACUUCCGGCAGGGUGAACUGGCCUGGAUUUCAUGUCAUCGGUACGCCGGAGGCCACGAAAUUCACGGUUGCUAGUUUCAUUGGUGGGAAUUCCUGGUUGCCUUCAACUGGGGUCACUUUCGUUGCGGGCCUCCAUUGAUGAUUUUAAUUGAAAACAGGAAAAAGUGUAGAUUCUUGAUUGACGUGAUGUUGUUUUAAGCUUGAAUGUGUGUGACUAUGUGUGGCAACUUCCAUGAUAUACAUGUAAAGAUCGAUGUUUCUUUAUCUUUCUCUGUGCCCAACCUGUUUGAGAAUAUGAGUGAAAUGUAUAUAUGUGACUUCAUAUCAAUGUUUUGGUUGAUUU